GCUGUCUGAUUGGUCCAUGGACAGGCCGGCUCUGUAGGAGCUGCCGUCAUCCGGCCAGACGUGGUGUGGAUGCUGAGUCCGACCCCUCACUCUCCUGCUCCCGUUGGAUCAUCCAGAUGGAUGCCGAGGAUCCGCGGCUGAGAUGAGAUAAGCCUCCUCCUCCUCCUCCUCUCUUAUCUCCGCCGAGCUGCUGCAGCAGUGCCGCGCACGCAGGGGGGAAGAAGAAGAAGGGAAAAAAAGAGAAAAAGACGUGGGCACGUUGUGAUCGGGAAAACACUGGAGUACAAGGGAUUUGUGUGUGUGUGCAUCUUCUACUUCGUGAGCUGCGGAAGCUUUUGCCUGCUUGUUGACGAUGGUCCCCGCGCUGCUCUCCAGAGGGGAUGUGAGCUGAGCCCGCCGAGCUGAGGGGGGGGGGAGCCGCCGCCGCCGCACAGGAGCUGUCCGUCUCUUUGAGGUGCUGAUGCGGCCGUGACCAGCGAGCAUGGCUGCCGGGAAGUUGCUGCUCUACGCCGGGCUCUCGCUCUCUCUCUGCGCCCUGGGCAUGCUGGCCGUGGCGAUGUGCUCCGACCACUGGUACGAGACCGACGCCAGGCGGUACAAGGAGCGGUGCCGAAGCUUCUCCAGCCGCCGCAAGGACCCGGGCUUCAUCUACAUCCCCAACAUCAGCCUGCCGCUGCGGGCCGGCCGGAGCAGCGCGCCCCGCUGGGAGGAGAAGCUGCUGCUGGCCCGGAACCGGCGGCAGCUGUUUGCCAUGAGCGCCGCGGACGAGUGCAGCCGGCAGUACAACUCCACCAACAUGGGGCUGUGGAGGAAGUGCCACCGGCUCGGCUUCGAACAGGAAAUCGAAGAUCUCAUCCGGAAAGGUUCCAUCGCAAGGUGCUCCUACAUCAAAUAUCACUACUCCUCAGCUACGAUACCCAAAAAUCUCUCCAACAACAUCACCAAGACGAUAAGGCAGGACGAGUGGCACGCCCUCCACCUGCGGCGGAUGACGGCAGGUUUCAUGGGCAUGGCGGUGGCCAUCAUCCUGUUCGGUUGGGUCGUUGGCGUGCUCGGCUGCUGCUGGGACCGAGGCCUCAUGCAGUACGUGGCUGGUCUCCUCUUCCUCAUGGGAGGAACCUUCUGCAUCAUCUCCCUCUGUACCUGUGUUGCCGGCAUCAACUUUGAGCUUUCCCGUUACCCACGGUAUCUGUUCGGCCUGCCUGAUGACAUCGGCCAUGGCUACGGAUGGUCCAUGUUCUGCGCUUGGGGAGGCCUCGGCCUGACCCUCAUUGCCGGCUUCUUCUGCACCCUGGCUCCCUCCGUCCAGCCGAUACCCAGAUCUACCUGCCCCAAGUCCCGACAGGAGAACGGCACCGUCUGCUAAAGAUGGCAGCCGUGAGAAAAGACCGACUCAUCCCACAGAUCAACAACAAAGAAACAGAAAAAACUAUUCAACAUGUUCAUCCAUCCACUCAUCUCCAGUCUCUCCUGGUUCCAGAUCUUUUUUUUUUUUUAAAUGUGUGUGUGUGUUUAAAAAUGGGUGUCUUGAUGAUCUGCUAUCUUGAAAAUACCAGAAAAAAACUGAAGAACUGACAAAAUAUUAUCACAUUUUUUGAAGUCGUGCUUGUUUUGUUGUUGUGCAGCAGACGAUAAAAUGGACCAUGACCACGAAAGGGUUGCAAAGGAAAUACGUGGAGACACUGAAAGACCUAAUUCAUGAUAGUAAGUGGUUGUAGCUCGAGUGGCUCGAAACCUCAAAAGGUGAUUGACAAUGGCGUUGAACCUGUGAACUGCGUAUAGCUCAUGUUAACUGGUCUGUUGACUGGUCUGUUAACUGGUCUGUUGACUUGCGAUUGAGGAGAACUGAAGGAAUCAACAGUAUUGGAGAGAAGCAGUCUGAUCAAUCCAAGAUCUUGUGGAACGUUCUUCUUGGAGCCUCCUGUGGUAUUAAUCACAAAGGACUCGACCAGACAUGAAACCAUAUAACUUGCUUAACUGGGAUCACGUUAAGAGGCCAUCUAUUCAUUUCCAGUAUUCCAGCUUCUGAGGUCCCUCCAGUUACGUGGGACAUGUGGGCAGCCGGGACCUCCAGGACCUCCAGGACCUUGACUGUUGUACAUUGUUGUACAGAACAUUCCAGAGAAGUAACAACCAGGAAAUGUCAUGUUGGACCAUUUUCAUUCUUGUGUAGGUGCAUUCCAUUCCGUCUGAUGACCCCAUACGCCAUUUAGCAUUUUAUACAUGUAUUAUCUUUUCUUCAAAGUGUAUUUGCCUUUUUAAUGAACCCUUCCUGUUUUGAGCGAACUGUCGACUGAGCGUACGUUCAGAGCAAAUGUUGUGUUUUUUGAUUUUCUCUUUUCCAUUCUAGUCAUAGAGGUACCGUAAAUGUGUGCGCGUGAAUGUGUGUAUGUAAUGGGAGGGGUUAUUUCUAAGUCGCUAUAGAAAAAAAAAAUGUAAAAAAAGAUCAUAAUGACAUAGUGGAGCUCUGCCUUGGGGAUGUAUAAAGGCAGCAGCAGACAGGUGUAAUAGGGAGAUGCAGUAUCCUGUUUGAACCCAACUGAUUUUUCUAAUUUGUCAUGUUUUCAGGACAUUCUCAGCAGACACGGGAAACAAAGAAAAAUCGUUAUAAGGAGGGCCAGCAUGUUCAACUUUGUAUUCUAUUGCUCUGACUCUAACUAAUUGCUUCUGAUGAGAAUCGGGGGAAGCUCCAGUCGUUCAGAGUACUUGGCGUUUUCUCUCGAAUAUCUUAAACCCUGUGCUUUGAUACUGUUCUGUUAACAUUACAAAGGUGUCUCACCUUACUCAGUCAAAAGACGUCUAGACUGGAGACGAAGAAACAAGCGUUCCCCUUGGCCUCAACCACCCAUCAGUCAGAAAUUAAAACAUACACAAGCACUGCCUUGACCAUUUCUAUAAACAUCAGGCAUUAUGAAUGUAAUGCGAUAAAUGGGUAAAUCGACUGAGGACCAAAUACAGCAGCUUGCUGUGCGGGGCCUUGGCAGAAGGCACAAAUGGAGAAUAGCUCCAGCGAAACAUUACAAAAUGCACACAAUGAAAGGUCCUAAGAUCACAGGCUUUGUAAUUCUCCCAUUAAAGCCAUUUAUUGAAAACCACAGUGUAGCCAAUCUAAAAGCUAAAACCUGAACUGACUUCUGCUCAAGAAGGAUUCCAUUUAAUACAACUUGGGUCUUAUUUUUGUCUUCCAGUUACGAUUGGCUGGAGUUUUUUUGUUCCGUUUUCUGCAUCCUGGUUUAAAAAAAUACCCGGGAGUAUUCCAAUACUAGGUUACAGAGGCUUAAAAAGAUUCUGGUGUAGGUCAUAUUGUCUCAACCUUAUUUUGGACCUACGUAACACAUAAGUGUUGCUCUGCAAAUACACUGGCAAAAACCCCUAGUUGUUGGAGUGGUGUCUAUGCUGCUCGAUGUGUACCUGUAUGACAAAUAUGUAAACAAUGGAUCUGAAGAUUGUGUUGCAGUUGGAGUUAAGAAACGUUGAACCACUGCAGAACAGAAAAGAAAGAAAGCGUUGGAGGAGGUGAUUGGCUGAACUGAUUUAGGCAGAGGGAGGGUGAUUUGUGUGUUCCUGUCCGGCCGCUGAGAGACAUUGAUGAGACAUGUCACCGAGUCGACCAAUCACAGCUGGUCUGCAUCCAAUAUGAGGCCACACUGUCUAUCUAAAGCUCACGUUUGUCAUGUAACAAAUCUUCAUCUUUCAGUUUUCACGUGGAUAACCCAGAACAAUGCUAUGAUAAUCCCCCAGGACAGACAGUGUGUAAAGUGUGUACAUUGAGUUUGAUUUCUGAACCGGUGUAUGAGCCAGGUCUAACUUUUAAACAUUACCCAAAACGUAUUGGAUAACAAAUAUAUAUAUUGAGUAUAAGCCCUUAUUAUGAAUGAAGCCAUAUCUAUAGAUAUUUGAUGUUCUUGUCAGAUAUCAUCUUUGAGCCAACAGUGCUUGGACUGGGGCAUGGUUUGGAUAAACUGUAUUAACGCCCUGUCCCAUUUCACCCCCUUAGCCCAGCACCCCUUGGCCCCACCCCUUCGUUUUGCGCAUUGGCCAUGAAGGGGUAGUGUUGUCCCAUUUCUCUAUAUUUUUUACACCUGUACAUAGAUAUAUCUUGGAGAGAGAAGCCUCUUACAAUUUCAUUGUACCUGAGUAUGAUGACAAUAAAGACCUUGAAUCUUGAAUCUGAAUCUUGAAUGUAAGGGUAAUGGUCAUCCAGCCCUUCAAACACCCCUUAGUGUAUUCAUGACCCCCCCUUGAAAUGAAGGGGUAGACGGAAAUCCCUGAAUGCUUUACGAACGGAUUACUAUAAGAAAUAUCCAGUUUUUUUUCCAGUAGCAAAUUCAUGUAUCAUUGAAUUGCUGUGACAAGCCUUUCAGGAAAAUCGGUAUUCAUGCCGUCAAAACGAACAUGUAAACAGUUUGAGUGAGAGUAACGUGUAACAUGCGUUACUCCUGUGUCCCGUAAAAGAAUUUUGAAUAAAACCUCCCCGCUCGUGUUAUAACAUUUUCAGUGCGAGGCAGAAGUUUCUAUGUAAGGGUCUCAUGUUACAUUGAAAUAACAUGCUGACUGAAUGGAUCAAUCUGUCCUGCAGUUGUCAGAUGUGUCACUGUUAUAAUGUUGUUUGAUAAGGGUUGUUAACAUAAUGACAUUGAUUGACAUUGUUAGUCACUGUAAUAACAUUGGUUAGGGUUCCCAAGAUUUUCUUACCCUCUCCUUUGUGGCUCCAUCUGGAGGGGGACACUCCCAUUUCAUAUCUGGGGUUAGGGCCAAGGGAGGGGAAAUGGGACAGAGCCUAACUGUUGUAUCCUUACCAUCCUCUCUGAUCAUCUGACUGUUCAUAUUUCUUGAAUUGUAUUGGAGUUUUUUUUUUACCAUGUCCAGUGUUACCAUGUUCCCAGAUCUCCUCAUUAACUCAGUGAGCAGUGGCAAAAGUUACAAGAAUAAGACCCAAGGUUGCAACAGACCUGAAUUAACCUUCAAUGACAGAAAGGACAGGAUCUUUUGGCUUCUUCCAUGCAGCCAUGGGUCACAGUUACAUCACAUACCGUACAUACAAACCAACGUCUCUCGAAUGUGUUGGUUUGCCGUAGGACUGGCUCUAUGCAAACAACGCAAAAAGAUUUCAGAGGCAGGAUAAAGGUAAACGUGGUGGGGCUGUAAAUGUAUUCAGUAAUGUUAAAGACAUAAAAUAAAGUGGUUUUAUCUCAGAAUUGAGUUUACAGUGACAAGAGUCUGCUCUUUGUGGGGUCUAAAGGAAACUCUACAGGGUGAGGAGGAGAAAAGAUUUGAGCAAAGUGUUUCAGGACACAGCGGUUAAGUUGAUUUAACGCCUUUAUCACAGCUUCUUUAGGUAGCGACUGCCCCUACAAAAGGGGUUCAAUGAAAACCACUUACCCUUCUGUACCUGACACUUACAGCUAGAGACCAAGGUAACGAGGUAUGACGGAGGGAGUGGAUUUAAAUAUAUAACGUAAUUAUAGUGCUAUCUGGGGACAUCAAAUGUGGUGUUCUGGUGAUCAGGAUGUCAAUUUUUCAUUAUAAUGGGUUUAGCAUGUUCUGUCACAGUCUGUUUUUAUCAUGGAGAUGAAUCUCUGCGCCUGGCGAGAGGCUUCUAGGGACACCAGAGCCUAACUGACAGAUUAUAAACUGUGUGGGUAGGUCAACACAUGCCGUAAUCUCAUCACGUAUAUAAUGAUGAUGAGGAAGUCAUAGCAGUGUAAUUGACCUUUUCCCUGAGAUAAUGAAUAUGAAAUAAUACAAUUUAAAGUCAUCAUCUCUGAUAAUGGUCCUGAAAAAGACGAGCAUCACAAAACCAUCUCCAGAAAAUCAAAUAAGGUGUAAUGGGCAAAAAACAAGAUCAUCAACCAUGGCUGGUGUUGGAGCCCAUAGAUGUAUCAUGUGUACUAAUGAAUGAAAGCCACUGAUCAUCUUAACCAUACAAGUCAACUGAGGCCAGGGUUUCUUUUUUCAAACAUAGAUGUUCCCUUGGACACAAGCUGAUAAUGCAAUUGAGCAUGAAAUUACUUUAAAUGUACUGGAUUUAAAGAGCUGUUCUGUCCAAACCGUCCUCAGCAAAGAACUAAGUACACACAUACACGCACACACACACAAAUCAGUAUAACAAGACCAGGACAUAAAGAGGACGGGGGGGGGUGGGGUUAUCAAGCUAUUCAUUAAAACAUCAUCUUUAUGUAAGAUGAUGUCAAGUUCUGCAUAGGCUCGGCUCAAACCUGCAUCCUGGUGCUGCCAAAUUUGUUGACCAAAUAUUAUGACCCACGACAUAAAGUUAUGUACUAAUAUACAGAUACUAUAUCAGCACUCUGGAUGUCAAAGUGCUGGCUGUAGUUAAUUAUGAUUACAAAUCAUCAAGCUUUGAUUUCAGGAUUUAUUUUAACUGCCACAUGGGGAAUUUCAGGCAGGAAACAUGUAGAGAGUCUGGUUUUAAAUGGAACAAUCGGAUUGUGGAGUUGUUGAUUUCAUAGAUGUUUGUGGAUUCUGCUCUGUUUUUAUUUGCUGGUUUCAGAAUUGAAAUUUACUGUUGGAGCAGCUGAUUUAAAAAAAGCAAGCCAUUUUGUAAAACUGAACUAACCUGCAUUACUUUGAUUAAGCAAAUUGAAAUGAUGAAUAUAUGUACAUAUAUAGGCUAUAUAAUGGAAAAAUCGUGAUGAAAUGAGAUUUCGUAAUAACACAUUUUAUGAGUGGGGGUCCAUAGGUCAGCUCUUCAGGCUAAUGCGAUGGAUUGGUCUUCAGCUCUCCACAUUGGUCAUUGCAUAUGUAUAUGUGACAACUGACACACAUGGAUGCAGCCCAUUGGCUCAGUCAGAGAGAGAGAGAAACGUCCAAAUAAAUUAUUUUUGAAUAUAACUUCACCGGAACCCAACCCAAGUCUGCAGCUUUAUCUAACAAAACCACCCCAAACAAGACUGGAUACUUGGGUGAGACAUGUUGAGUUUGGAUAAGGUAACAGAGCGCUACUUCAACAUCCGUUUGUUAACUGCUGUCGGCUACAAUCACAUAUAGUCAAGGGGAUUACUCCCAGCUUCAUGAAUCCUUUAGUCAUGUCAACAUGUCAGAGGUAAAAAACGUUUUUGAGUAAGUGUAAGGCAGUGAUAAGUUUAAAUACGUUCUUUUCACGCAUCACACCAAAUUCAUUGUCACAACCACUAAAAGCUGAGUUGUCACACACCUAAUAGCAGGGAAGUACACAGGCAUGCUCUUAGAAAGUCAGAUUACACCAUGACUCAUCAAACAGUUAGACUAUGUUCUACCUAUAACAGCCCAUAAUGCCCAGAACAGCUUUGUUUUCAGCUACCCGAAAACCUCAUCAUGUCUGAGCUAGUCCACGACAGGGAGGCCGAGGAUGAAGAGGUUUCAAUACAGAGAUACUGCAACUUCCUUUGUGGACAGAUAUUGAAUCCAAAACUGAUCUAUCAACCUUUUAACAUCAGUAACAUGUCUGUUGAGUAAACAUAAAAUAGGAGGGAAAAAAAUGGAAAUGUUCAACUGUGGAAUGUAAAAUCACAUUAAAAUAAAUCUCAUCGGUGUGUUUACUAA